AUGGCGGCCCUCCCGAAGUGCGGUGUUUCUCCUCGCCUCACCUCACUGUGUCAGCAGUCCAGUGCCAACAGAAACAUUUCAGACCAAAUGUCUUGAUCGUCACUUCUGGCUUUCUGUCAAGUCCAGCUUCAUUGGCCGGGUGAUUCGUUUUGACUUUGAAGACCAAUAUGGACUCCACUUCCUGUCUGAUCACGAGGCCACGCUCUGUGGUUACACUGUCCUAAUCAAUGACGUUGGAGACCUGGUGUUUCGUGCCUCCUUCCUGGCCUGUCACGUCCACAGUGAGAGAGGCACAGACUAUCACCUGCGUCUUUGGUUUGUGAACCUGCAGGCGGAUGGGAAAGCAGCAGCGUAUCCCUUUCAGCUCAGCUGCUCUCUCCAGGGGCGCUGGAGCACCAGAGAGAUCGUGUGUGAGGAAAACUAUAUGGAGGUGUCUGUGCAGCAACCUAUCCUGCCCAUUACAUCCAAAAAGAAGUUGAAGGGAGCUGACGAGGCAGCAAUGGCUGUGAUGUUCCACACAGAUGACCAGUCACCAGAGGAAGUGAGGGUGUUCUCCCCGAUAGAGGCUGCUGCUCUUGGCUACCACAUCUCACUGCAUGGCUCUCACCUCACCCUCCGCUGCCCCUACUCCUCCCGUUUCUCAUACUUUGUCAAGGAGAGUGGAGUGGAUUUAGAGAUUGUCAGAGCAAUCAUCCUGUACCAACUCCUGGCUGUUGAAAUCACUGCUGCCUGCACACUGAGUGAGGCUACAGCUGAUGGGUCUGACCUGCUGUGGACUGUCCCUUAUAUUCUCUCUCCGUUAGUCCACGGUCGGUUCAGAGACAGAGGCGUUAGGGUCAGAGUAAACGGCCUGGCUCUGAGUGAGUCUGAAAGUAAAAAGAGGGGAUACAAGAUGGGCCUGCAGGAGGGGAGAGUGGAGGUCAGGAUUCCUGUUGGAGCCCAUGGUGGACACAUUAAGAGUGGUGUUGUGAGGGGACAGUACAGCCAGUCCAUGCCCACAGAUCUGUUCUUCAUGAGUCAGUGGGAGGAUGAGCGCUGGCCUUUCACGCAGCAUCGCUCCUUCAGGCUCCUCAAGACUCCUCUCAUCCCACAAAUCCCAGUCCUCACCAACAAUACAGGCCUAUCUGACGGAUCGUUCUCCGCCAUAUUAGGCGUCUUUGCACCUGAUGUUUCCCUCCAGAGAGUGACAGUAGAUGGUGGUGGUGGUGACUUUUUAACCUGGACCCAGAGUGACACAGACGACCUCAGUGUGUCCAGGAUCUCCCACGCCAACGGGAGCCACUCCUACCAGCUUCGUUUCCCGUUGUCACACCCAAAAAUAAUCCCAGAGUAUAUAGGUGGUGGCUAUGAGACGUACAGGCUCUCCUUCUCCUUUACUUUUAACAUCUUACCCAGCGGAAAGGUGUUUUACCAUCGAGCUACUAUAGAGCAGAGUGUCGAAUACACAGCUCCACGUUCCCCCAAGCUGGAGGGGAAGUGCACAGAGAGCAGCCUGCUGGUGCUGCUGCGCCACGGGACCAAGACCGAGCUGCAGUGGGAGCUGUUCCUCAGAGCUCACAAGCUGGACUGGGACCUGGUGGAGAUGGGUGGGUUUGUGGUGGAGGCGGAGGAGGACUACUUGUCUGUGGAGAUCCCCUUUGACAGCCCUGGGAUGAACUAUGAGGAACUGACAUUGCAGGGUCUUGUCGCAGGAGUGGAAGUGUCUGUUGUGGAUGCAGCGUCUCUGAAAGUGGAGGACAGUCUCGUCCAUAAAUGCACUUUUCCAGCGAGAGAGCUGCUAGUAUGUUUGCCAGAAGGGAGGAUGGUGGCAGUGGUCGACACCACCCACACCAUCCCACCCACUCAUCCCAACCGAACCACUCUAUUGGACCCCAGUUGUGUUCCCAUGGAGACGGACAGUGCUAGAGCUCUGUUCAGCUUCAGCCUGGAUUCCUGUGGGACAACUGUAACUACUGAGGGAAGUCUCCUUGUUUAUGAAAACCAGAUCAGUUACCCUCAAGAUUUUCUGCCUUUGGGUGAUCCUCUCAUACACAGAGAUUCUCCAUACAGGCUGACAAUUCAGUGUCGCUACCCAGCAAACGAUAGCCGUACUGUGGCUAUGCAACACCCUUUGCACUCCUCUCUGGACCUUUCACCCACGCCAGUCAAAGGCACACAGAGGGAAGCUGCAAGCACAGCACAAUCAGGCCAAAGAAAAUCAAGAGUGAAUUUGGAAGGAAAGCAAAACCUUCAUCAAGUUUCAGUCGGGAUCAAAUGGACGCUUGUCUUCAUUCUGCUGUUGCUGAUGCUCUGCACAUGGGUGUGUGCAUACGUAACCUGUAAAUUAAAUAAAUGAAUGCUGUUUUAUUUUACCUUUUUA